GUUCCAAAAUACACCUACUGCCCCCGAUUACGAUUACUUGAAUUUUCGAGGUGUUUUCUUGGAUUUACUCUUGCCCCCACAUCAAUAUCUUCAAUCAUGUCUCUAUAUGCAACAAAUUGACUUUAAUUAAGCAUUAUGCAAAGCGACAACGACCAGGGCCCUAAUCCGCAGAGCACAGAGUUUGCCUCAAUUGCUGGCUCAGCGCUUAAAUUAGUCGAGCAGCCACACUCAAGGGGUUCACUUGCAGUCAGCAUGAAGAGCGACCAGAUCAUUGAUAAAAUACGCAACAAGCUAAAGGAAUCGGACCCUGGACGGCGUACUGUAGUGAACACAUUUCAGUUUAAUUUUACCGACGCCGACGGCAAGCUCAUCAAGAGCAUGGUCUUUGAUUUCAAAGCCCUGAACAUCUAUGAGGGCAGUGCGGACAGUGCCGAUGGACAGGUGACCAUAUCCGAUGAGGAUUUCUAUCUGGUUGGCACCAAACAGAAGACUUUCCAGGAGAUUUUACAGCAGGACAAGGCCACAAUCGAGGGCGAUGAACAGGCGAUCAACAAAAUGUUGGAGAAAUUUCGCAUAAAUUCGCAGAAUUGAUCGGCCCAGAUGCCAUCUAAAAUCAUGUAUUUAAUCGUAUUUCUAUUUACCAAAAUAAACUUUUUCUAAUGUGAA